GAGAGGUAGAGCGGGCAGGGCUCCGGUAGUUGGUCGGUAUGUAGCAGCAGCAGCGGAGCCUCUGACUGGGAUUACAAAGAGGGGGAAAACGCGCCUUGGAUAGAAAAUAUCACCGGCGGGAUUAAAAAUAAAACCUCCCGAGGAUGAGACGCGCAUCGUGCGCCUGAAGGAGAACCACAGACACGCCGUUAUUCCGCUGAUUUAUCACCGUUUUUCACGAAAAUGGCGAACGACUCCCCGGCCAAAAGUCUGGUGGAUAUAGACCUGGCAUCCCUGCGGGAUCCUGCUGGGAUUUUCGAGUUGGUGGAAGUAGUCGGAAAUGGCACCUAUGGACAAGUCUAUAAGGGUCGACAUGUCAAGACGGGACAACUUGCGGCCAUCAAGGUCAUGGACGUCACCGAGGAUGAAGAGGAGGAAAUUAAGCUGGAAAUCAACAUGCUGAAGAAGUACUCCCACCACAGGAACAUAGCCACCUACUAUGGAGCCUUCAUCAAAAAAAGUCCACCGGGCCACGAUGACCAGCUAUGGCUGGUGAUGGAGUUCUGCGGUGCCGGUUCCAUCACAGAUCUGGUGAAGAACACCAAAGGCAACUCACUGAAGGAGGACUGGAUCGCCUACAUCUCCAGAGAGAUCCUCAGGGGAUUAGCUCACCUUCACGCUCAUCAUGUGAUCCACCGUGACAUCAAGGGACAAAACGUUCUGCUGACUGAAAACGCUGAGGUGAAACUGGUUGACUUUGGUGUGAGUGCUCAGCUGGACCGGACGGUAGGUCGAAGGAACACCUUCAUCGGGACACCAUAUUGGAUGGCUCCAGAGGUUAUUGCUUGUGAUGAAAACCCUGAUGCUACCUAUGACUACAGGAGUGACCUGUGGUCCUGUGGAAUCACAGCCAUAGAGAUGGCUGAGGGAGCUCCACCACUGUGUGACAUGCAUCCGAUGAGAGCCCUCUUCCUUAUUCCCAGAAACCCUCCUCCUCGGCUCAAGUCCAAAAAAUGGUCAAAGAAGUUCUUCAGCUUCAUUGAGGGCUGCCUGGUGAAGAAUUACACUCAGCGUCCUCCCACUGAGCAGCUGCUGAAACACCCCUUCAUCCGGGACCAGCCCAACGAGAGGCAGGUCCGCAUCCAGCUCAAAGACCAUAUUGACCGAACCAAGAAGAAGAGGGGUGAGAAGGAUGAGACUGAGUAUGAAUACAGUGGCAGUGAAGAAGAGGAGGAAGAAGCAUCUGAGCAAGAAGGAGAGCCAAGCUCCAUAGUCAACGUGCCAGGUGAGUCGACCUUGCGACGCGACUUCAUCCGGCUGCAGCAGGAGAACAAGGAGCGCUCGGAGGCUCUGCGCCGCCAACAGCUCCUCCAGGAGCAGCAGCUCCGCGAGCAGGAGGAGUACAAGCGCCAGCUACUGGCUGAGAGGCAGAAACGUAUCGAACAGCAGAAGGAGCAGAGGAGACGGUUGGAGGAGCAACAACGGCGUGAGAGGGAGAUGAGGAGGCAGCAGGAGCGCGAGCAGCGCCGGCGUGAGCAGGAGGAGAAGAGACGCAUCGAGGAGAUGGAGCGACGCCGAAAAGAGGAGGAAGAGCGCAGGAGGGCCGAGGAGGAAAAGAGGAGGGCCGACCGAGAGCAGGAGUACAUCCGUCGCCAGUUGGAGGAGGAGCAGAGGCACCUGGAGAUCCUGCAGCAGCAGCUGCUCCAUGAACAGGCCAUGCUGCUGGAGUACAAAUGGCGAGAGCUUGAGGAGCAACGCCAAGCACAGAAGCUCCAGAGACAGCUGCAGCAGGAGCAGGCCUACUUGCUGUCCCUCCAGCAAAACCAGAACCUGGACAGUAGCAAAACAGCCCAGCAACAGAGCGCCAAACCCCCCCAGAACCCUGAGCCCGAUAGGGUAAAGCCCCCUCAGAGCCCUGGCCUGGAUACAACAAAACAACCACAGAGCACUGACUUUGAGAAGACACGGUCCAGUCAAAAUCACAGUCUGGAGAAAACUACGGACACCAAGCCACCUGUCGCUGACCUCCAAGGCCCCGCCCCUGACUCUGAGUCAGUCAGAGAGGCUGACGAGCGAUACCGGAAGAACAUCCAGGGCUCUCCUCAGUCCGCUCAGACCAAACCACAGCAGCCUCCGGUGCCGCCACGCUCCGAGUCCUCCUACCCCAAUGGGAACUCGGCAUCUGAGGCGCCCGCCAUGCACCGCCCUGUGGAACCACAGGUCCGUUCCCAUCUGGCUGCUUUAAAGAGCAGCGGCAGCGUGGCUUCAAACUCCUCUGCCGCCACGCCGCCCGUUGUGUCGCGGUCGCACUCCUUCAGCGAGCCGCUCGCCCCUAGCUUUGAAAAUCUUCACCUUCGCAACAGCCAGGAACCCCACCCACACCAUCACCCUCCAUCUUCAUCACCAUCCUCCUCAUCCUCAACGCCUGCACGCACUGACCCACAACCCCAUCCCCAGCCUAGGCCCUCGCCACAUGAACCGGCCCCUUCAGAGGAGGUCCCACCCAGGGUUCCUCUCAGGACUACAUCAAGGUCCCCGGUGUCGUCAAGGCGAGACUCGCCUCAUCACCACGGCAACACCCCACAAAGCAGCCAUGCCGUGCAUCGCAAUGCCGCCAGUGCGGCGGAGCCUCGACUGCUGUGGGAGCGAGUGGAGAAAAUGGUUCCCAGACCAACCAGUAACAGUGGCAGCGGAGGGUCCAGUUCCUCCAGCAGCUCCAGUAACUCCAGCUCUCAGCCCAGUUCUCACUGCGGCUCUGGAGAGAGGUUCAGAGCCCGCUCCUCUUCCAAAUCGGAGGGCUCGCCCCUCCAACGGCCAGAGAAUGCUGGGAAAAAACCAGAGGAGAGGAGGGACUUGGUCAGACCGAACAGACCAGCGGACCUGACGGCUCUGGCCAAGGAGCUGCGUGCAGUGGAUGACGUUCGCCCCCCGAACAAAGUGACGGAUUAUUCAUCCUCCAGUGAAGAGUCAGACACCACUGAUGAGGAUGAUGAUGAAGAGGUGGACCAGGAGGCAGGUGAAGAGUCAACCUCUGGCCCGGAGGACUCCAGAGCUGUUUCUUCCAGGCUGAGCAACGGAGAGACAGAGUCAGUGAAAACCAUGAUCGUUCACGAUGAGGGCGAGAGCGAUGCAGGCUCAACGCCCUGCAAAGACAGCACUCUAAUCGUCAGACAGAGUGCAGGUGACAACAGAAAGCGCCCAGGCCCCGCCCCGGGCCAAGCCCAGACCCCUGGUCUGCUUGCAGGCUUUGCCCCGAGCCCUGGCUCAGUGCCAGGCCCGGGUCUUGGCCACCACACCCCCAGCCCCCACCAUCAUCAUCACCACCACCACCAUCACCCCACACAGCACACGGACAGGAACGGCUUUGCCGGCCGCAUCCACCACCUCCCAGACCUGAUCCAGCAGAGCCACCAUUCCUCCCCCUCUUCCUCUGCAUCCAACUCCCCUUCUUCCUCCAGCCUUGCCAGCCCCUCCUCCAUGUCCCCCCAGAGUCCCCUGGACAAGCUCGGCAUCCUCACAGAGAGUCAGUCUAGUAACAACAUGCAGAAACACAAGUCUUCUUCCUCCUUUACUCCGUUCAUCGACCCACGUCUCCUCCAAGUCUCUCCAUCCACCGGCAGCGCCCUCAACAAUGUCGGCUACAGCAAUGACGCCCGGCUGGCAGAGGCGCUGAGGGCCGACCCAUCUCGGAAGGGCUCCGUGGUCAAUGUUAACCCGGUCAACACUCGCCCUCAGAGCGACACGCCGGAGAUCCGCAAAUACAAGAAGAGGUUCAACUCUGAGAUCCUGUGUGCUGCUCUCUGGGGAGUGAACCUAUUGGUGGGAACCGAGAGUGGACUGAUGCUGUUGGAUCGUAGCGGUCAGGGGAAAGUUUACCCUCUGAUCAAUCGACGGCGCUUCCAGCAGAUGGAUGUCCUGGAGGGUCUCAACGUUCUGGUUACUAUAUCAGGUAAGAAGAACAAGCUCCGUGUGUACUACCUGUCCUGGCUGAGGAACAAGAUCCUGCACAAUGACCCAGAGGUGGAGAAGAAACAGGGUUGGACCACUGUAGGAGACCUGGAGGGCUGCGUCCACUAUAAAGUUGUGAAAUAUGAGAGGAUCAAGUUCUUGGUUCUGGCCUUGAAGAACUCAGUGGAGGUCUACGCCUGGGCACCCAAACCCUACCACAAGUUCAUGGCCUUCAAGUCUUUCGGUGACUUGGUGCACAAACCCCUGCUGGUCGACCUGACUGUCGAGGAAGGCCAGAGGCUAAAGGUCAUCUAUGGCUCAUGCUCAGGCUUCCACGCUGUGGAUGUCGACUCUGGGGCUGUCUACGACAUCUACCUGCCCACACACAUCCAAACCAGUAUCCAGUCUCACGCCAUCAUCAUCCUGCCCAACACCGACGGCAUUGAGCUGCUGGUGUGUUAUGAGGAUGAGGGUGUUUACGUGAACACCUACGGACGCAUCACCAAGGAUGUGGUGCUGCAGUGGGGGGAGAUGCCCACCUCAGUGGCCUACAUUCGUUCCAACCAGAUCAUGGGCUGGGGGGAGAAGGCCAUAGAGAUCCGCUCGGUGGAGACCGGCCACCUGGAUGGUGUCUUCAUGCACAAGAGAGCCCAGAGACUCAAGUUCCUUUGUGAAAGAAAUGACAAGGUGUUCUUUGCUUCUGUUCGGUCCGGAGGCUCCAGCCAGGUCUACUUUAUGACUCUGGGCCGAAGCAACCUGCUCAGCUGGUAGAGGUCCACACCGUGCCCUCUUCCUUCUCCUCUUCCUCCUCCUCAUCUUACUCAUUGUCCUCCACCCUCGCUAACACUGGAUCUCAGAACCCACCGCCAAUGUCUUCUCAGCCUUUGGACAACCAAAAGAGAGCAAAAACAACAAUCGACCAGUCCUUUGGAGCAGACGACAACAACUGCUUUACCUUCAUACUGGAGCCGCAGCCUUGUUGCAUCCAAGCUCCGGGGGCGCCUGCCACACAGUGACAACCGGUCACGCUGUCAUCACCCCCUGAAAUACCUGAAGGGACAAAAUGAAAUCAGUGAUAAAUUAAUUUAUGAAAGGAAAUAGAAAUAAGUUAAAUGUGAAUUCAAGAAAAAGGGGGCGAACGACUUUUUGUUUCCCUCUCCGUUUUCUUGGUGCUCAUCAGAUCACGAUGGGAUAGAUUUUGUACCUCUGCAUCAUUUCCGUGCUCCUGGGCUGGUCAGUAAAGCUUGAGGUCUUCUAACUACUAGUACUGCUACCACUAUUAUUACUACUACUGCUACUACCUUCUGCAGGUCUGCCUCUUGUAAGAGAGUUCCCCCUCUGCCCCAUGUUAUUGCCCUCCGCCCUUUCUUGUGAGAAUAUCAUGGGGCUGGUGGGGUCGGAGUCCGUUGUAUUAAUGCUACAGUAGUGUGUGUAAAUGUACUUCUGUUUGGUCCAGUUACUGCUGACAUGCUGUUUAGAGGUCAAGACUGUCAGCCAGGGGGAAACUGUAAAACCCUGAAGCAGGUGACGAGCAGGUGGGAGGGGCCUAAGGUUUUACUGCAAGUCUGAUUGAUACAGAAGAGGAUUAAGGCCACAUGCAGAAAAAAAACUGAAUUAUGAGUUCAAAGUCAUAAUUCUGACUUUUUUUUCCCACAUGUGGCCCUAAUCCUCUUUCGUAGAUUGAUGGGAUUCAAGACAAGGAGGUGUGUUAUUGAAGUAUUGUGUUGUUCGGACAGGUGCUUUAAAAAAGGGGGGUGAUAGAGAGAGAGAGAGAGCUGGAUUUCAGAAUAGUAUUUUUUGAAUUAUUACUAUUAUUAUUAUUCCUUGAAGAUAAGUGUAACUAUGUGGAGUUAAACAAGUCUUUUACCUUGUUUUUUUUUUUUUUUUUAAGAUUUACGCACAUCCACCCACAGUCCACAGUUUGCUUGCUUUUACUCUGAACUUACAGAGGUGUGAGGUGUGUUUGUCUCUAAAAAGAAAGUGAUGUGGGGUGUGGUCCAAAAAAUAAAUAAAUAAAAGGUGUCUAUGUACAAUAAAAGUUAAUUUAAGCUUCCGGAUAGUGUCAGUGGUCAUGUUUCCCCCCAUCAGUCAAACAUGACGACCUAAACUCAACUCGGGUAGGGCGGUCACCCAGUGUCUCUCAGCUUGAGAAACUUGAACUGCUGUGAAUAGUCAAAUAUAAAAGAAAAAAAAAAAGAUGUUAAUGGAGCGAUAAAGUAGAGGGAAAGUUCAGUAAGUGUGUGUGCAUGUGCGGUCGGAGAGUUCAGUGUCAUCGACAUAUUGGAUUUUCGUGGCAGAGAGGUAAACGUUUGGUCAGCAGGCUCGAUUCAGUAGGAGUUGUUUUUUUUUCAGAAGGCAGUUUUCUAUCUUCCAUUAUUUCAAAUCAUUUCAUUUUUCCUGUGUAUGAAUGCAAUGCACUAAGUGUCAAGAAUGUAGAAAGACUUAUUACUGUGUGGUGGUCUAAGGCAUGAGAUGAUGUUUUUGCUUUGUAUCUUGUCACAAGUGAUCAAUCCUAGAUGUUCGAUUUGGAGUUAAGACGACUGGAAGCUGCAGCAGCCGAGCCUCUACGUCAGGUGUAGAUAUUUUCCUUUUAAGGGGUGAUUCUGUAUUUGUUUUGCAACCUUUUCCACAGCUGUGAGAAUCUGUGCGGCAGCAAACGCCUAGAGUGCGUCAGAGCUGAGGAGGGUUUUCUGGCAUUCUGCGAUUCCGCUCGCGUACGCCGGACACUCUUUUUCCAUCAAAUGAGGACACUCAGACUCUGGAUUUCAGUGUUACUGUGAUGAAGUGUCACAAAACAGGCAACAUGGAGCAGGACUUUUCCUCACUCGGCUGUUUGUGAAGAAACUGAAAACGGAAACCCGCUUUUUCGGGAAGGAAUUGUUUUCUCUAUUUCGUGCUCUCCACUUCCUGCUCCAGCUGUUUUAAGUUGUCUGUAUAUGUGAAAGACUGAGCAGCAAACUGCAGCAUCGAUCUCCUUCAGGCCAUCUGCUGGGCUGGAUUUUCCUUCGUUUCCACAACAAUUGCACAUUGUUCACUGAAAAAAGGGGCACGGGAGAGUUCAAUUUGUGCUCUGUCCAAACAUGUCUUUGUCAGGUCACAAGCAGGUUUAUCUUGGCUGUGGUUUUCCCCCUGACAAUAACAACCACACACACACGAGCAGUGUUUUGACACUCCCUCCCCUUGUACAGAGAAGCUGUUUGGACCCCAGUGCUGUGUCGUCUGAGGUCUGUGUGUGCAGUAGUACCCAGUGUGUGUCUCUUAUUGCAUCAAGGCCUUGAUGAGUGGCUGUACUGACUUCAUGAAAAAAAUUGUGGUUAUUAUUGAUAUUCUUAAUGGGCUAAAAAAAAAAAAAAAAAAAAAAAAAAAGGAUGAGUUUAAAGUCGAUAUCUGAUGAGAAAAAGCAGUCGCGUGCCGACUUACAUUGGAAAAAGUGCCAAGAUGGCAGCAUAUAAAACAUGUAAACAUAUUGUUAAGAAAACCACUACUUGGAAAUCCUUUUUCUUAAAAAAAAAAAAAAUCACUUGAAGCAUUGUGUAUUCUUAAGUUUUAGAGCUAGUUGAGAGGCUUAACUAUAGUUUCUGUUGUUUCUGUAAGUCUACGUACACGUAAAUAUGCGACUGCGGUGGUUUAAUAUUAUUCCGCUCACCUUAGGUGGAGAAAAUGUUUACAGGGGCAAUGUUUUGUUACACUAAUGUGCAUCACAGUAUUUAUGUUUAACGCAUAUGCGUCUGUUUCUUUAAUUCUUUGUUUUUGAGCCCGGUUUUUAUUGGAUAUUUUCUUUCUUUUUUUGGUCAUGUCCCUUACCCCACUAAAUCACAUACUUACAAAACAAUACAGAACACACGUGUUGUUCAUUUCAGGUAUUCACAUAGCGCUGCUUCAAUGUGGAAACAUCGCAGUAACGUUCCCUGCAGGCUUGGACGUGAGGCGACGUAUUUUUCCUCUGCUGUUUCUGCCAUGCUACUCUAACUUAUGUCCUCUCUGUGUAUGACAGGAAGUCAUGUAUUUUCCUGAAGGCUUUUUUCUUUGAAUAAACUUUAAAAGUAAUUUUAAAA